AUGAUAGCUGGCUUCAAAGGCCAAAAGUCCUCGUCGCGUGACAGCCUGCAAAGGGCACGAGAAGCAUUCACAGUAAAGGAGGACGAGGGAAAAGGUGUGGGGGCGUGGGUAGGAGGAGGAAAAGGUGUGAGGGUGUGGGUAGGAGGAGGAAAAGGUGUGGGGGCGAGGGUAGGAGGAGGAAACGGUGUGGGGGCGUGGGUAGGAGGAGGAAAAGGUGUGGGGGUGUGGGUAGGAGGAGGAAAAGGUGUGGGGGUGUGGGUAGGAGGAGGAAACGGUGUGGGGGCGAGGGUAGGAGGAGGAAAAGGUGUGGGGGUGUGGGUAGGAGGAGGAAAAGGUGUGGGGGCGAGGGUAGGAGGAGGAAACGGUGUGGGGGCGUGGGUAGGAGGAGGAAAAGGUGUGGGGGUGUGGGUAGGAGGAGGAAAAGGUGUGGGGGUGUGGGUAGGAGGAGGAAACGGUGUGGGGGCGAGGGUAGGAGGAGGAAAAGGUGUGGGGGUGUGGGUAGGAGGAGGAAAAGGUGUGGGGGCGUGGGUAGGAGGAGGAAAAGGUGUGGGGGCGUGGGUAGGAGGAGGAAAAGGUGUGGGGGUGUGGGUAGGAGGAGGAAACGGUGUGGGGGCGAGGGUAGGAGGAGGAAAAGGUGUGGGGGCGUGGGUAGGAGGAGGAAACGGUGUGGGGGCGAGGGUAGGAGGAGGAAAAGGUGUGGGGGUGUGGGUAGGAGGAGGAAAAGGUGUGGGGGCGAGGGUAGGAAGAGGAAACGGUGUGGGGGCGUGGGUAGGAGGAGGAAAAGGUGUGGGGGCGUGGGUAGGAGGAGGAAAAGGUGUGGGGGCGUGGGUAGGCGGAGGAAAAGUUGUGGGGGCGUGGUAG